AUGCAAAGAUGGCACAGCUACAAGUUGACAGUUGUUGCGGCCUGGACGUCUGGACGAGUGGGCGGGUGUCUGAGUGUAUUCUCGUCUGAUUUCGUGGCCUCUACACGACCGAGGCCACAAACACACUCUUAUCCGCAUGCCUCGGACACACCCACACAGACACAGUUGCACACAGAUACGUGGGCAUAUGUUGGCUACUUUUUGUGUGCGUCUGAGGGUGUUAGCACUUGGGUGUUCCCAUCACCGCUACCUGCUUUGCGUGUGUAUUUGCGUGUGCGUGUGCGUGUGCGACGUCAUCCUGGCCCAAUUUGGGGUCAUUUGGGGCAAAAGAGGACUGCAGAGAGAAGUGGAUCGCCAGGCCUUGGGGAGCCACGCAAUCCCCACACGAACUUCGCGCCACUCUCCUGCCGUCCGCCGUGGCAGCAUUGGCUUUACGAGCUGUUUCACGCCCAACCGCCGUUAACGCAGGCAGAUGUGCGCGUCGAGGGUAGGGGUACGGGCCCCGGACAGUAA